UCUCAGUAUUACUCGCGGUGGCAGAGUUGGCGAGUGUGUCAGUGUUUCUGGCAGUGGCUUAGUGAGGGUCUCUCUCUCAGAAGUUGAAACUUUCUAUCAAUCUUCAAUCACUUAACUUGGAGAUAAAGGAAAUCAGAAGUGACAUCAUUCUGAUAUUCAAUAACUCGGCAAGUACCUCAGCACAGGUGGUUCUGUGAGGGGCGGGAGCUGCACCACUGUCCUGACAUCCAGAUCUGGAGGGAUGGUGCCCUACACACGCUGGUGAUCGCUGAGGCCUUCGAGGACGACACGGGACGCUACACCUGCGUGGCCUCCAACAGCCUGGGGGCAGACAACACCUCGGCAGAGGUCUACAUCCAGGGUGCUUCAUCCUCCGACUCAGAAGGAGAAGUGUCAAAGUCCAGAUCAGGAACCAUGCCUCAGGUCCAGAAGAAGACGACUUCAAUCUCCCUGUCCAUUCGUUCACCUUCACCCAAGAGCCCUGAGGCUGUUCCUCACCGCUCCACCCUGGUCCUGUCUGCACCCCCACACCGGAUGCAGAGUCCAGUUUCUUCACUAUAUGGAGGUGGUGGUCCUCUUACAGCGCCCCCUAUCUUUACCAAGCUCUUACAGAAUGCCCAGGCAUCAGAGGGUCAGGUGGUUGUGUUGGAGUGCAGGGUUCGAGGCAGCUUUCCUCUGCAGGUCCAGUGGUCCAGACAGGGACAGGUCAUCCAGGACUCUCCAGACUUCCGCAUCCUGCAGAAAAAGCCACGGUCUGCAGCAGAGCCAGAGGAGAUCUGUACACUGGUGAUAGCAGAGGCCUUCCCAGAGGAUGGAGGUCAGUUCUGCUGCACUGCAACCAACCUUUACGGCUCCGUCAGCAGCACAGCCCAACUCUCUGUCACUGGAGGGGCCUUCAACACUCCCACAGCGGUGUACGACUCGGUCAGGAAUGGUGUGGCGCCCGGGGAUGACUCUGUCUUUGAGGACACCCAGGCCUUUCCCCCUCCCCCACCCACAGAGAUCAGCCUAUUGGAGGUUCCGCCCAAGGUCCCACCCAGUACCUGCGCCGAGGGUUUCCACGUCAACGAGCUGGAGAUCUGGCCCAGCAUGUCGGGCCUGCAGCCUGUCCACAUGUACCACGACGUGGAGGGUCAGGACCGGGCCAACUGGGCACUGCAGAACGGCAGGCCUGCCAGCCCCCCUCAGCCCACCUUCAGCCUGCUUCCACGAGAGGCCCAGCCAGACUUCCCAGGCCCAGCCAAGAUGUCUUCGCCCCCAGUGAAGGAAGGUCCUCCACUGCCCACCAAGCCCAAACUAGCGGAGGGUAUAGAGGAGGAGACAGAACAUGACAGGAACGCAGAACAGUUGAAGCAGCUGCAGGAUCAGAUUAUAUUGGAACAGCAGGAAGCAGCCAAUUGGAUCCAACAUCAGGAGCAAGAGCAGGAAGUCCCGCCUCUGCCACAGCAGCCCCCGGAAGUGCCCUCUCUGCCUUCUCCUCCUCUUCCCCCUCCUCCCUCCUUCCAGGAGCUGGAGAGCAGCGCCAUGCAGACCAGCACCUUCAACUACGCCCGGCCAAAGCAGUUCAUUGCUGCCCAGAGCCCUGGGGGGACUGGCCCUAUGGGGGGCUAUGUCACCCAGUCCUCAGGGUCCUCUGGUUCCAGCCUGCCCUCCCCCCUCUCCCCACCCACCUCCCAAAAACCCUUCACCAGGGUUGUCCUGCCUCCCUUCAGUAAGGGCGGCAGCAUUGAGUCUCAGUCCCCUUCCUCUCCCUCCUUCCCACCUCCACCUCCUCCCUUCCUCAGUAGCAGCAUUUCAUCCUUGUCAGGCACUGCCAAAGACUUCCCUCCACCCCCUCCUCCCCCUCCUCCCCCUGUCUCUUCGUCCCCCUACUCCCUCGCCCACUCCAACAGCUCCUCCCCCUUCACCUCUAUGCCCCAAUCACCUGCUGGCUUCCUGGCCUCUGUCCUUCCAGCCACACCCACUAGCCCAUCCUUCAACGCCCUGGGCCUGCCUAAAGGGAACGGGACUAUUGCUUUUCCCCGGAAGCAGUCCAGAGGAACCCCACGCCUGGCCUCAGACUCUGACAUCCAGGGAACCAAGGAUGCUGUCAUUCAGGACCUGGAGAGGAAACUACGAUUCAAGGAGGAGCGCAUGAGCAAUGGACAACAGAGGUUAACCUAUGAGGAGAAGAUGGCUCGCAGGCUGCUGGGGGCAGACAACGCAGCCACAGUACUAAACACACAGCAGCAGGAUGAGGAGACAGUUACACAGGAGUACAAGGUGUCCAGCUUCGAGCAGCGCCUGAUCAGUGAGAUCGAGUUCCGUCUGGAGCGCUCUCCAGUGGAGGAGUCUGACGACGAUGUGCAGCAUGACGAGGAUGCCACCGGCACCGGGGUGGUGCCCUUCUUCGACAGCAAGCUCAAACACUACAAGGUGUUCGAGGGCAUGCCCGUCACCUUCUCCUGCAAGGUCAUUGGAGACCCCAAGCCAAAGAUCUACUGGUUUAAGGAUGGGAAGCAGAUCUCUAAGAGGAGUGAACACUACAGGAUCAGCCGCGACGCUGAUGGGACCUGCAACCUCCACACCGCCGCCGCCUCAUUGGACGAUGACGGCAACUACACCAUUAUGGCUGGUAACCCUGAGGGGAGGGUGAGCUGUACUGGAAGGAUGAUGGUCCAGGCAGUGAACCAGAGGGGGAGGAGCCAGCGCUCUGCACCUGGACACAUCCGCAGACCUAGGUCUCGGUCCAGAGACAGUGGUGAUGAGAACGAGAACAUCCAGGAGCGUCACUUCCGCCCCCACUUCCUGCAGGCGCCUGGUGACCUCAUCGUCCAGGAGGGUAGGCUCUGCCGGAUGGACUGCAAGGUGAGUGGCUUGCCCACACCAGACCUGCUCUGGCAGCUGAAUGGUCAGACCAUUCGUCCUGACUCCGCCCACAAGAUGCUGGUGAGGGAGAAUGGCGUCCACUCGCUGGUCAUCGAGCCCGUGUCCAGCCGGGAUGCAGGCAUCUACACCUGCAUCGCCAGCAACCGCGCUGGACAGAACUCCUUCAACCUGGAACUCAUUGUAGCAGCCAAAGAGAUGCACAAGGCCCCUUCGUUCAUCGAGAAGCUGCAGAACACUGGUGUUGCCGAGGGUUACCCGGUGCGUCUGGAGUGCCGUGUGUCGGCUGUUCCCUACCCACAGAUCUUUUGGAAGAAAGAGAAUGAGUCUUUCACGCACAACACAGACAGGAUAAGCAUGCACCAGGACAACUGUGGCUAUCUGUGUAUGAUCAUCCAACCAGCCAUGAAGGAGGAUGCUGGCUGGUACACCGUGUCUGCCAAGAACGAGGCUGGCAUUGUGUCCAGCACUGCACGACUCGACGUCCACACUCAGUGGCAGCAGCCCAACACUCCCAAGCCUAAGAAGGUGCGUCCGUCGACGAGUCGCUAUGCAGCGCUGACAGAGAGAGGACUGGACGUGAAGGCAGCCUUCUUCCCUGACUCCAGCCCCCUGCAGCCGGGAGGCCUGGUGGAGAGUGAUGACCUGUAGAGACCAACGGGGGCACCACAUGCCCAAACAAGUCCCUAAUGUAAUGCCUUAAAACUAACCCCUGACCCCAGUACCAGCCCUGUUCCGCCCCGUUCUCCCCAGACAUAGGGGUAAAUGUAACCCCCUCCAUCCGAGGUGUUGUACGACAAGGCCACAGAUACCUUUCUGGAAGAUGGAUGACGGGCAAUGUGACACCCCAUAAUAUCUGUGUCAAUCAAACAUGGAUCCCAAUUUAGGAUCAGAUGAUUCCCUUUUGUCAACCAUUAAAGCAGAGGAAUCUACCCUGAGCGGCCAUUGAAGUUUAUUUUCGAUUGUAAAACUGCCAUUACCACACACAAGUGUGUUCACCUCUGAAGUGUCUGAGAUAUCUCAUAUGAUCUCUCUGUAACAAUUAUAAUUAAAGGUAUAAAGUUCAAGUUGAAAGUAGCAUUAUUAUGCAUGUUACAAUGUUGCCAUUUGUAACGCUGUAUGUAAAUGGAUGACGUUUUAUGAAAUACUCCCUCAACAAAGGCACCAAAUUGUAGGGGCAGAGAUAUUUAGAAACGGGACAGACUUUGGAUCUGCAAUGGAAAGUCCAAAGCAUGGGAGCAGCACAUCAUGUUUCCCUGAAGAGACCCCAAAACAAAGUUAUUAUUUUAUAUGGGUAUCACAGCAUAGUCUGGGUAACACAGCGCAAUAUGGAUAUCAGCAGUGUCUUUUUUUGUUUGUUACAAGUAGCACAAUACCCUAGAUAUCAGCAUUGUCGGGUUCAACAUUUAUCAUAAUUACCAUAGAUAUUGCACAAGGCCGGGCCUUACUUUUCGCUUCUGUUUUUUUGUCAGGUCAAAUGACCUUGGAAGUUAACUGUUUAGUAACUUUAGAUAAGUUGUGAAAAAGAGAAUGUUGGCUGAAUGAUGCAGACACCGUUGAGAGCUUUGUGUUACCAUAGUAACUUCAGUGAUUGAUUGAUGGAAAGAGAGGUCCGUGACAUGCUAGGAGGUACUGGCAUGUGAAGGUUGACUAUAACAGGGACAGGAUGAGGGGUUAUCCUGGGCCAGGAGGCCCAGUGUCAACAGUCACUUCAACGCUUGUGAACUGUGUGAUACGUGAGUGAGAGACAUCAAGGACAGACAAAAGCAAGUUUUUCAGAAUGGAAUUCAGUGUGAGAAGAUGACAAAGCAAUGGAUUAUGUUGAAAAUGACUGUUAUGACAGAUUCUGGAGAUCAUUUAUUUCCCUUGAUGUUUCAGUUUAAAAUCUUCACAAACACAUGACAGUCCUAAAAAUGGCUUCAGUGGAUUGAUCACACACUACAGAUGGUCUGCUUUAUUUUUUGUAUGAAAAAACACCUCUGUAUUUACUUUCCCAAGAAACUUGACAUAAAUUAUGUAUCUUCUCUAAUGUUCAAUGACAAAACAUAAUCUUGACUGUAUUAAAAUAUCACACUUUUUAAAACUAUAUUGCCUUAAAAGAUCACUUGGGCCUAUUUCAAUCACUAUCUGUCCAUAUUUUUCUGAGGCACUUAUGACAAGUAUUUUUGACAAUUAUAAACUGUUUAGAAGGGAGAAUAUAUGCACAGAAUUGUAUUGAAAUAAGUAAUUAUAUAUUUUCUUUCACUACUGUAUUACCAAAAGGGCAUAUCUUGCUGUAUCUGUUCAGAUCAUGUUUCAUCCUGCCAUGACCUGUCAUGACCUUGUCACUCACAAACAUAUAGGACACCUUUUUGAUUUCUAUGCCAAUCUGUGCCUGUAUAUGGAAUGUUCUCCUGAUAUCAUGUUAGUUUAUGAAAGAUAAUAAAAAAAUCAAAGUCUGGA